AUGGCCGACAUGAAGAUCGCUCUCCUUGCCGUGGCGGCGGCCUUGCUGGGCACCGCGUCGGCAGCGACCUACAGGGUCGGCGAGCCCAGCGGCGUGUGGGGCAUCAACACCGACUACGCUAGGUGGGUGGCCGACAAGAAGUUCCAGCUGGGCGAUGAGAUCGUCUUCAAGUACUCGCCCACGGGGCACAACGUGGUCGAGGUCACCAAGGCCGGCUACGACUCCUGCAGCACCGCCAACGCUAUCAACACCUUCAACUCCGGCAACGAUGUUGUCGCCCUCAAUGCCACCGGCACCCGCUACUUCAUCUGUGGCUUCACUGACCACUGCAUCCCGGACGCCCCCCUCACCAUGAAGAUCGUGAUCAACGUCGCGUCGGGUUCCUCCUCGCCGUCGUCACCCACGCCAGCCGCAGGUCCUGGCGCGAGCAACUCUCCCCCGACGCCGCCCUCCUCUGCCGCUACCACCGUCAGGGCCGCGGCAGGAUUUGGCCUCGUCACCCUACUGGCGGCAGGUCGCAUAUAUUGA